AUGGAGGAGGAGCUAGCUUGGGAGACCCAUGGCUUGCUUCCCCUGGAGAGACAGCUCCAUGAAGCCUGCCGCUGGAAUCAGGUGGAGAGGAUGAAGGAGCUGUUUGAGAAGAGGGUUAACAUCAGGGCUAGAAACCAUGUGGGCAGAGUGGCCCUACACUGGGCUGCAGGUGCUGGGCACGAGCAGGCUGUGCGGCUGCUCCUGGAGUGUGGGGCUGCUGUGGACGACGUGGACUCGUUUGGGAUGAACGCGCUCCUCCUGUCUGCCUGGUUCGGCCACUUGCAGAUUGUGCAGAUCCUGGUCAAUGCUGGGGCCAAGGUCCACUGUGAAAGCAAGGAUGGCCUGACUUUACUACACUGUGCUGCUCAGAAGGGCCACGUGCCUGUGCUGGCCUUCGUCAUGGAAGACCUGGAGGACGUGGCCUUGGACCAUGCAGACAAGCUGGGAAGAACAGCGUUUCACAGAGCGGCUGAGCACGGACAGCUGGAUGCUCUGGACUUCCUUGUGGGCUCUGGCUGUGACCACAGUGUCAAGGACAAGGGUGGGAACACGGCCCUGCACCUGGCUGCCAGCCAGGGCCACGUGGAUGUGCUACAGAGACUAGUGGACAUUGGGCUCGAUCUGGAAGAACAGAACACGGAGGGCCUGACUGCACUGCAUGCAGCUGCUGAAGGGAUCCACACCGACUGUGUGAUGCUUCUCCUCAGUGCUGGGAGCAACGUGAAUGCCCUCACCCAGAAAGGGCUGAGCUGCCUCCACUACGCAGCCCUCGGUGGCUCUGAGGACAUGUCCCGGGCACUCAUUAAGGCAGGAGGGUGCACAAAUGUGGCUGACAAGCAGGGCACCACUCCUAUGCACCUUGCUGUGAAACACAACUUCCCUGGCCUUGUCCAGCUCCUCAUAGAUGCCCACAGUGAUCUGGACGCAGUGGACGCUAGGCGACAGACUCCCCUCCACCUUGCCGCUGAGCAUGCCUGGCAGGAUGUAGCUGAGAUGCUCCUCAUUGCUGGAGCUGACUUAAGCCUGAGAGAUAAGCAAGGAAAAACAGCCCUGGCAGUGGCUGCCCGUAGCAACCACGUCAGCCUGGUAGACAUGAUCAUAAAAGCCGAUCGUUUCUACCGAUGGGAGAAGGACCACCUUUCAUGCAGGAAUGGCAGUGACCUCUCUAGGAAGAACUUAACCUUUAAGCAAGACCAUCGUCAGGAAACGCAGCAACUCCGCUCUGUGCUUUGGCGACUGGCCUCCCAGUAUCUGAGGCCCAAUGAGUGGAAGAAACUGGCCUAUUCCUGGCAGUUCACGGAGGCUCAUGUCUGCGCCAUUGAGCAACAGUGGACAGGAACCAGGAGCUACCAGGAGCAUGGUCAUCGGAUGCUGCUCAUCUGGCUGCAUGGUAUGGCCACAGCUGGGGAGAACCCCAGCAAAGCACUGUUCGAGGGCCUCGUGGCCAUUGGCAGGAGAGACUUGGCCGAAUGCACCAGGAAGAUGGCAAAUGGUGAGCCCACGGUCCCCAGGCGGUGCAUAGCCAUGUGAGCUUUGGGAACACCUGGAGAUCACGUGCACAGAAGAUGUCUAUAAGGGCUUCCAGAGCAGUCCCUGCACACAGACUUCCAGCUGCUGCCAUUGAACCAUAGAGCCCAGCAGAAACACUAGUACUUUCUGAAGGAUGGGCCAUGGGUCUAUUCUAGGAUUUCUGGGUCAUCCUGUCCCAGGAGUGUGGCCCUUUCUAGCUCUCAGCUUAUUUUGUUGUUUGUGAGUGUGCAUGUGUGUGUACCCUGUCAUGCGUGUGUGGAGGCCAGAGGACGCUUAGUGGAUAUCCCUCCUCAGGCUCUGUCGAUCUCGGGGUUUGUUUGUCUUGAGACAGUCUCUCUGUAUGUUCCCAGUGGUCCUGGAGUACUUUGUGGUUUUGAGGCAAGGCCUCUCAUUGGCCUAACUAGACUGACUGGCCAUGAGCCCAGUGACCCUCCUGCUUUGCCUCUCUAGUCCCGGGCUUACAAAUGUGUGCCACUGUGCCCUGGUUUUUAUGUGGGUUUUGAAGGUCAAACUCAGUUCCUCAGGUUGCUCAGUAAGCGCUAUACUAACUGAGCUGUCUCCAAGCCUCUCGGCUCACUUUCACUUCCAUUAUCUUAGAACACCAUGAAGCACCCCUGAGGUGCAAGGGGUGUCUUUACAGCCUAGAGCACUGAGGUCCAGGGAGGAGAAACAGCUUGCCCAGGUCAUUCCACAAAUCAAGCCAUGUCAAAGCAGCAGCCCUCCAACCCCAGCCUGCAGGAAGGGCCUCAUUCAUUCAAUGGGACAGGUCCUUAACUCAUCAAGCACAGCUCAGGGCUCUCGUGCUAAGUGGACGGGGGUUGUGGUGCUGAUGCCACAGCGGUUUGCAUUUGUCUACACUGAG